AGGUCACGCGACGCGGUGGGACGACGCGAAUGUGUGCGUGUUUUGCGCCAUUCAAACCGAUUUCAUCCCGAUCCUUGCGCCAUCCGCCAAGGAGAUCCGGUUGUUGUCCUUAGACCGAGCAACAGUUCAACCUCGCUUUCUUCCUCUCUCGCGCGUUAACGCGUAGAGAAGUGUCCCGUUUUGUGUCCGGCAAAGUGUGGUGAGAUACCACAGCGUUGCUUUAUGUUCCAGUCCUCGCAACAUCCGGUCGCGGAUACGGAGAAAGCUACCGUCCAUCGGGUGGCCAACGGAACCCAUCUGAACGGGGACAUCGGGAGCGCAAGACCCAGACGUGCCCGCCACACCAUGCUAGCCAAAAGCAUCUGCAACCGGCGGUGCAUCCUGACGUCGACGGGAUUGCUGCUGUUCGCCAGCGGAACCUUCUUCAUCCUGUUCUUCCCGAUCAUCUUCCAGGAUAUACUGCACGAGGAACUCAAACUUCGUCCCAAUUCGCGCGGAUACGAUGCCUGGGUGGCACCACCGUUCCCGCUGGCGAUGGACAUCUACUUCUUCAACUGGACCAACCCGGAGGAUAUCCGGAACCACUCGACGAAACCGAUCCUGGAGGAGCUCGGUCCGUACCGCUUCAUCGAGCGGCCGACCAAGGUGGACAUUGCCUGGCACGACCAGAACGCGACCGUGAGCUAUCGGAAGAAAAGUCUCUUCUACUUCGACGAGGAAGGCAGCAACGGCCGGCUUGACGAUGUGAUCAGCAGUAUAAACAUAGUGGCUGUGUCGGCGGCAAAACGAGCACAGUACUGGGGCUACAUCAAGCAAAAAGGCGUCUCGAUGGGUCUGACCUUGUACGAGCAGGAGUUACACGUGGUGAAAACGGCCGCCGAGCUGCUCUUCGAUGGCUACGAGGACAACAUGGUGCUGAUGGGAAAGCAUAUGAUGGACGCGGACGAAAUUCCCUUCGAUCGUGUCGGUUGGUUUUACACGCGAAACAACUCAGCCGACCUGAUCGGUCACUACAACGUGCACACCGGUGUGGAUGACAUUAACCUGCUCGGGCGGAUGGGAGAGUGGAACUACAAACCCCGCACGGACUUCUUCGAGGGUACGUGCGGCAUGCUGAACGGAUCGGCUGGCGAGUUCUAUCCACCGGGUCUGUCGAAGGACCGUCCGGUCGAGCUGUUCACGCCCGACAUGUGCCGAAGUCUGCCGCUCGACUUCGAGGAGGAAGUCAGCGUGCACGGUGUGAAGGCGUACAAGUACAGUGGUGAUCGACGGGCGAUCGAUAAUGGGACGCUCUACCCGGAGACGGCCUGCUUCAGUGCGGGCGAGAUCGUCCCGUCCGGGGUGUUGAACAUUUCGUCCUGCCGCUUCGGCACACCCGUCUUUAUGUCCUAUCCGCACUACUACGGCGCCGAUCCGUUCUAUCUCGAUCAGGUGGAGGGUUUAAGCCCGUCGAAAGAGAAGCAUCAGUUCUACAUGGCACUUGAACCGACUACCUCUGUUCCGUUGGAUGUUGCUGCUCGACUUCAGCUGAACAUUAUGAUUGAACCGUACGACAAUAUUAACCUCUUCUCGGAAGUACCGCGGGUUUUUCUUCCGGUGCUAUGGUUCGAGCAGCACGUUCUCAUGCCGGCGGAUCUUGCGGGUGAAAUCGGUACGGCGCUCACCGUGCCGUCGAUCGUGCGGCUUACCGGCAUCGUAAUGGCCGCGUGCGGCUUAGCGAUAAUCCUCUGGGUUCCACUCGAAUGCCUGUUCUUCCGCCGGCGACGCGUAGCGUCCGGUAGCAAGGAUCACACCGGCCUCAAUGGUGCCCGCUCGUUCGCGCUUGUCGCUGAAAAAGGGUUGCUGCACGCGUCGGAGAAGAACGGCAAGCCGCUGGUCGGAGCGAUCGUGCUGGUGGACAAACUGCUGCCGGAAAUGGCGGAAAAGCAAUCACCCAGCCAGUCACCACCGGCCGAACCCGAGAGCUGCCCGCUGAUUGACGGUAAAAACGCAACGAUUGUAAAAUCGUGAACUCCAAAACCGAUCGCGGAUUGUGCUCCAAACCCGGUGACGAACAGUGGUGAUAGAGCGACUGGGGUAUACGUUUUGGUGCAUUUAUCUCAACGGUUACCAGUCGGAUGCGUCUGUGAGAUUCGUCAAAAAUCCCAUCAAAUGCGUCUGGUCCCACAAUGCGAGAGAUUUCAUUUCGACUGAAUCGGUGUGUGCAUUGAGGUACGCUAGUUUGAGGGAAAAGAAACGAAUGCCACUUUUACUGAAAGCGAUUCCCAAAGUGAUAGUUUAGAUGCGCUUGCAUGCUGGGCGAAUGAGGCCGAGUCGCAGAUACGAUAAGCGACGUCGUGAAGAAAGGUAGUGUAAGCUAUUAGGGAGAUUAAAACAAAAACAUACCAAGACUAUCUCCUCCAAUACUCUCCAGCAUUAGACCGACAUCCGUGAAAUGUAGAACCCUGCAGACACUAACAGGGAGACCACCAUAACCUAGGGGUCAGUUUCGGGAGUUGACAAUCGUGUUUUGAUUAAUUCCGUCGCCCGCGGCAUUGAUUUCCGUCUAUUUAAGAGAUUAAUCUUAAGCACAAGCGUCUAUUGCGCUUUUAGUAUACCAUUUCGCGUUUAGUGGCCAAACGCCAAACAGAGACAUAACAAAAGAAACCAGAACCAUUGGAAGCAACAAGUACAAGAGUUCCAUGUGGACUCGAUGGAGUCCACAGUGCAUCCAAUCAGUUCCUCACUUCAUUCGGACUGUUAAAUGAUUAUAUCAAUCAAAUCUCGACCGUCACAAAGAUUUUUGUUUAGUUUAUAAGUAACGAUCGUUUUUUCAUUAAUUUACAAUUACAUUGCUCGGUUUCCAUACGCAAAUAGUUCCCUCUAUACCACCGCUGCCUACGUAAAAGGUAUCAUUCGAGAUCACUAUCCAACUAGUUCGUCGAAAUUAAUGUUCAUUCCAAAUUUUUACGGUACAAUGAGUUAAUCUUCAGAUAGAUUAUCGUUUAUGUGAAUUAAAGGUGUGUGCAAUGCUAUUAAAAUCCGUUCCUAUCGGUAAAUUGUUAGAUUAGUCGAAAUGAGGUAAUAAGAUACUUCUUAAGUGUUCUCAAUUUCUAAAUGUCCUUUACGGUUGUAACACACUAUGGCAUUAGGCAAAGGUCUCAAAUUUCUAUCGAGACGUAUCUUUGCAUAAUCAUGUAUCAAUUAGGAUGAUUAAUCCAUGAGAAGUGCUUUCAUCUUUUGCGUUCGAUAGACUGUAGAGUAACAGGAGAAAGACACACUAAAAAAUAAAUGCCAUGCGGUAGGGCGCAGCUCAUCCAUAUGGACUACAUUUGCUAAGAACAUAUAACUGGACGCUAUGAACGUGUUUGCUAAUAAUAAGUGCCAUUAGCGUAUUCGUUGUGUCCGUCAUAUGGUGUUGGAAAUAAUUUAAAAGCGUGAAUAUCACCGGGAUACUACUGGUAUUGGUAUUGACAAAUCUUAACCCUCGUUCG